AUGGCAGGAAGAGAGGAACACUCUCAAGACACGAACUCCAGGAAUAGUCGAUAUGCCUCUGGAUCCGAUUCUGGGACCCAGACGACUGUUUUCUCUGCUCAACAAAGCGAAAUGCAGAAUUCUGGUUCUCCAAGGCUCACACCCACAUCCACUCUAGCCAGUGAAGGAGAAGAAAUCGCGACCGUAUCGAUCGAUGGCCCACCUUUCUUGGGUCGCGCAGAAUUGGACGCUGGCCCGUCAAAUUCUCGAAAGAGGCGCCUAAGCAAUGAUGAUUCUGCAGGACUGGAAGAUGGCGAGAAGUCAGUGGGAGGGUCGGAGCUUCUGAACACGGGGGUAUUCGCUACCGAUACGGAAUCAGCACCUCAAGACAAAGCGAGCGAGGAGUCGAUUCAGCCUACCAAGAAACGUCGGGUCGAAGGUACUGGAAGCCAGUCCUUGAGCCCUCUGGAGCAACACACCGAGGCGCUCUCGAUUGUCCAUACUGAUACCCCGCCAGAUUCUGCCAACGACAACGACGAUGGACAUCGGCCCAACAAGAAAGCUCGUCUGAAUUCGGAUAUCGCGUCCGCAGCCGGGGGUUCUUCCGUCUCUGUUGUGAAUGUCCAUUCCAGCACCGUUGCUCCCGGCAACUCUCAGCCUUCCGUAGCCCUGUCAGGAUAUUUUGAAGCCAAGAAGCCUUCUCCGUUUCUCACCCUUCCUCUUGAACUCCUCUCAGAAGUCCUCAUCCUCAGUGGUUCGCCCCAACACGUCCUGGCAAUCGCACGGACCUGCAAAGCACUUUGUCAUACGCUCCUGAACGCAGACGCUGAAUUCAUCUGGCGAGAGGCUAGGAAGGGGUGCUCUUUUGUAGUUCCCGAGAUAGGGAACAAUCCGACAUUUGAUGCGCAGACCCUCCAGUCUUGGUUCCCUCCUCCUCCUGCACCGGCAGGUCCUAACGUUGCUGGAGAUGCACCGGUGAAUAGGAGGGUUGUUGUCAGCCUGCCUGAUCUUCCACGACAAUUCUUCACAGAAUCUUCGUACGCAGCAUUCCUUUUCGAUUCAGGCAAGUGCGAGUGCUGUGGUAAUGAGACGGGUUUACUUUACGAGUCUUUUGCCCUCCGUAUACGCAAAUGUCGGAACUCCAGCUGCAAAUCCCCUCCCGGGAUUGUGCGAUACCAGCACAAUGGUUCUCAAGGCCUGGGGGUUCUGUCGAUUCUCCCGACGAUUGAAUCGAACACCUGUAUGAAUAACUUCAGCCCUCCCACUUUCUGGCCGCAGACUGAGCAGAACAUGCAUAUUCAUUAUCGGAGUGAGGCCGUAGAAGCCGCCAAAAGAGAACACAGAGAGAAAGUAAACGACGAAGACUACAAGAAGAAAUUUGCCCUGCUUCAAGUACGAAAACGGGAAUGGAUGGAAGCAUUUGAUCUGCAGUUCUGCGUUAAAUUGUCGAAGUGGCGGAAACUUCGUCAAUUUUCUUACCAUCGGAACAAAGAUGCCAAUGAAAAGAAGGCCAAAACUAUUGCGAACAAGUACGGCUGGGAUUAUUCCGAUCUUACGAACUGCACCGUGUUUGGCGCGUAUCACAAGCACAAAUCCAGACUCUGUGAAACCAUCAACGAAACCGAUGUCAAGGUCAUGCAAGAAGAAAUUGAAUCCCAGCUUAUUGCAGUAGGCGACAAACGUGACAGGCGCAACGCGGAGAUCUCGCUCAUGGAAAAUCGUAAAGACGUAGAAGGGGUAUAUAAUCGCCUUCGAUCGGCGAAAACGUACCAAUAUCUUCCAUCCCUGGUAACCUUCCGUACUCUGCCGGUCAUCAGUUUAUUGCAGACCGCCGAGAAGCUUCCAGGUGCCCCAUCUCACGCUACUGGCCCAAAAGUUGCGGAAACACUCCAAAACAACCCCGUUAUGAAGGAGAUGCUUGCAAGUCAGUUGAGAAAAUGGGCAGACAAUGCAAAGCAGGACAUCAGCCAGACCUUGGGUUUCCCAAGGAACUGGAAAAGCGCAAGCAAAAAUGUUGUGCACCCCGCGGAGAGAGUCACUGCUAGGCUUCUAUGUACUCGUUGCAAUCGAGUAGACUCCAAGUACAGUCAAGACGGCUGCCUCGAUUUUGCCGGUGCUUGCCGCCAUGAAUGUUUUGUUGGGAGUGAGAAGAAGGCCAUCAACGUUCUCAGUAAAACUUUGCAGGCGCUAGGCUAUCCAGAGGAUAGAGACGCUGGGCAUUACAUCCUCACGAUUGGGAUUGCUGCUCUUUGCACCUCCUGCGAUCCGCCGAUGGUCGUGGACACCCGCAACAUUAUUGGCCACAGUCAUCGUCAUGAAGAGAUGCAGGUGGAUUUCACGUCGGACGUCGAGAAAAUAUCCUCGCUCUUAGGCGGAUACCCGUACACCUUUGGGUUGGCCAAGAAGUUAUUGGGUUCAGAUGCUGUUCAUGCCUCCGCCAUCAAGAAAGAGAUUGACGCAAAGAAUUUCGGGUGCAGGCAUUGUUUAAGAACCAAGCAAGUAACCGACGCUGUUGCCACUAAUCCAACGACCGAUGCUCAAGCUAACGUAGCAAGUCAAGUCUUGACGACUACUGGCGCCCCAGGCGGUAUAGAACUUUCCACAGUGGCCCAUUAUUCCCAUGAUCUUGGGAUCGAAGGGCCAAAGGAGCGGCCACCUCCUUUAUUCAACCUCAACGGCUUGCGAUCGCAUUUGAAGGCAAAGCAUGGACUCGAAGGCAUCCGUGAUGAGGACAUCUUGUGCUACAAUGCAGUAGCGAUCUGA